UGUGAGUUGUAAUCUUCCACCUUAAGGUUUUGAUAUCUCUAUUUUUUUUCUUUGUGCGGAUGUGUAUCCCUAUAUGUUCUAGUACUCAGUGAUUAACUUAAAGAUCAUCUCAAAAACAAUUUCAAUGAAGAGAUACUGUCGAGAUUUGUUGCUAAUCAUCACCAUCUUCUUCAUCACCUUUGCUUUUGCCGAAGAGCUUCAAUGUUGUUCAGACAAAACAACCGACUUGGUUCACAAAGAGAGACUAGUGAUCAGUGGCAAGAGAGCUCAUGGAAGCAUUUCACAAAUGAGCAGGGCAAGAGGUGUUUAUGGAGGUGGAUCUCUUAUCAGACCUAAAGGAAAAAAGAACAUAGCCAUGGCCUCCAUGACUAAAUCUGCUUCACUUGCAAUGCUUCAAGUAACAGUUGCAAUUCUGAUCCAUCUUUUCUUGAACUGAAAUGUAAAAAAAUCUUUGAUAAAUUAUUUCUUGAUGAGAAAACUGGUCUUGAUGCAUAAACUAAUCUCACCUUCAA